AUGCCCAUUCCUGCACUGGCGGAGGUCUUCAACAGAGGCCUCUCAAAUAUUCCCUACCUCUGGCCCAUUGCCCAAGUUACAGCCGUCAUUGGUGUGGUCGCCUUACUGAAACUCUAUUUUGGCGGAGCAAAAUGUCGUUCCGAACGAGUCAUGCAUGGAAAGGUGGUGAUGGUGACAGGAGGUACAUCAGGAAUAGGUGCCGCCGUUGUGCAAGAAUUGGCCUCGAGAGGAGCCCAAAUUAUUCUCCUAUCCCAUCAUGCUCCUUCUGAUCCUUUCCUCAUCGAUUACAUUGAAGAUGUACGAACCAUUACGAACAACGAACUGAUUUAUGCCGAACAAGUCGACCUCUCUUCCCUACAUUCGAUACGAUUGUUCGCGACAAAAUGGGUGGACAAUGCACCUCCGCGAAGAUUGGACAUGAUUAUCCUCUGCGCAAAUGUGAUGACACCUUAUUUCGGUACGAGUCAAAAGACAAUGGAUGGAUUAGAAGCAGAAUGGGCGAUCAAUUAUCUGAGUAAUUUCCAUCUGCUGAGCAUUUUGUCGCCGGCCAUUCGGGCUCAACCCCCGGAUCGAGAUGUGAGGAUCUUGUUCAGCACGUGCAGUAGCUAUAUUGGAGGCAAGUUGGAAUUGAAGGAUACCGAAUCUGCUGCAAAGUCUGGUAGUACUUCUUAUGCCCGAAGCAAGCUAGCAAUCAUGACUUUUGCUUAUGCUUUUCAAAAUCACCUCGACGCUUACAAAAGACCCGACAAGCAACUGAACAACGCUCGAGCAUUGAUCGUUGAUCCCGGUUUCUGCCGUACUCCGGGCACCCGACGCUGGUUAACUGGAGGCUUGAUAUGGGGACUCUUCCUAUAUUUGAUCACAUAUCCCUUGUGGUGGCUUAUCCUCAAAUCUCCACUGCAAGGCGCUCAGAGCUACCUUCUCGCCGCGAUGGAUGCCGAAUACGGACGAGGCGCUGGUGGUAAAUUGAUCAAAGAGUGCAGCGAGCGCCAGCCUUUGAGGCCUGAAGUACAGAAUGAAGAAAUAGCGAAGAAACUCUGGGAGUUCAGUGAGAAGCAAAUACAGCAACUGGAGAAAGAAGGCGCCGUCAAACGAGCUCUGGCUAAGAAAGAAGCAGAAAGGAAGAAGAAUAAUGAAGGACCAGCUACAGAAGGGAGCGGCGUUUCCUCUAGAGGAGAGAAGAAACUUACGCCAGGAUCGAGGAGAAGUCGCAAACCAAAAAUGAAAUCCAACAUGAACGACGUAUCGUGA